AUGCGCUACAUCGCCUCGCUCCAGAAGAGAGACCUGUCGCUCGUCGACGCAAUGAUCCCGCUCGGAUCGUGCACCAUGAAACUCAACUCGGCCACCUCGAUGAACCCGCUGAGCUGGAAAGCCUUCAGCUCGAUCCAUCCCUUCGCCCCGCAAGAACAGGCCGCCGGGUACAUGGAAAUGAUCAAGGAAUUGGAGGCCGAUCUGAGCAAAAUCACCGGCUUUCCUGCUAUCAGUUUGCAGCCCAACUCGGGCGCCCAGGGUGAAUACGCAGGUCUAUCAGUCAUCCGCGCCUACCACCAUUCGCGAGGAGACCAGAAGCGGGAUGUAUGUCUGGUGCCCGUCAGUGCGCAUGGGACCAACCCGGCCUCGGCAGUGAUGGCAGGCAUGAAGGUCAUCCCGGUCAAGACGACGAAGGACGGCUCGCUGGACCUCGAGGAUCUGUCGACCAAGGCGGCCAAGUACCAGGACCAAUUGGCGGCGAUCAUGAUCACUUACCCGUCGACCUACGGGGUCUUCGAGCCCCAUGUCCAAGAGGCGUGCGAGAUCAUCCAUCGACAUGGAGGCCAGGUCUAUCUGGAUGGCGCCAACAUGAACGCCCAGAUCGGCCUGACCAAUCCGGCCAAAUGCGGCGCCGAUGUCUGCCACCUAAACCUGCACAAAACCUUCGGGAUCCCGCACGGAGGAGGCGGGCCCGGGUUCCUGCCCAGCCAUCCGGUGAUCGACAGUCGGACCGACAAGUAUAACUGUGGCGGGAAGACCGCGACGGCUAUCCAGCCCGUCUCCUCCGCCCCCUGGGGGUCCGCUUCUAUCCUCUCCAUCUCGUGGUCUUAUAUCAAGUUGCUCGGCGGCGCUGGACUCACUCUUUCCUCCAAAAUCGCCCUCCUUAACGCUAAUUAUUUGGCUCAUUCGCUCAAGAACCAUUUCGACCUUAAAUUCAAAAACCAGCACGGGCUUUGCGCCCACAAAUUCUUGAUUGAUUUCUCGGAGUUUGAGAAGAAGUACGGGAUCAAAGUGAUGGGCAUCGCGAAACGGCUGAUCGACUACGGCUUCCACCCGCCGACGUGUUCGUGGCCGCUGUCGACGUCGAUGCUGAUCGAGCCUACGGAGUCGGAGUCCAAGGCAGAGCUCGACCGGUUCCUGGCCGCCCUCAUCUCGAUCCGCAAGGAGCUCGACUCGGAGCGCGGCCGGGUCUUCAUCAAGGCCGCGCCCUUCGACCUCGACUCCGCCUUCAACCUCGCCGCCGGCGCCCAUCCUUCCGCCCUCCUCGACCAGGCAAAGGACGCCACCGCCGACCGCGCCCAGAUCGUCAAUCAGGCUAUCUACCCCGUCGACACCCUCAAGAAGAACAAGUUCUGGCCCUCCGUCGCCCGCGUCGACGACACCUACGGCGAUAUGAACAUCUUUUGUACCUGUCCGUCCGUCGAGGAAGUCGCUGGCUCUGCGGACGCCGACUCCGACCCCGUGAUCGAGCCCAAAAACUAA